AUGUGGGCAAAACAUUUGCGGAUCUUUCAGUUUGCCAGGCCGAAACCAUACACAGUGUGUGGACGAGCCUUUACCACGGUGUGGCAACCAGCUCUGUCCGGAUCCAAAGUCUUGAAUCAAGUCUUGCACGACCGACCAGUCAGCACGGAAGAGCUAGAAGCCACAGCACCUCCGGCACACUACUUGCACUCGCUGGCUGAGCUGGUGGCGGAAGCCAGGCAGAAACCGGCCAGAUUAUACCAGAGAUCUAUCCGGAGACCGAAUCAGUUGGGGCAGGUACCCUGCCAGGGUUGCGGAAGGUAUUUGGAGCCUGCUGCAUUCCGCAAAGCCCGAUUGCGAUGCAAAUCCUGUGAGCGUAGCGAUCACUUGAAUUAUAAUGCUACUCUACGAGGCACUUUGAUGAGGCUGGCAUUUUCAUCGAAGGCGCGGUCUGUCAUAAAAAACAUAAGUCAUUGUCUCGACUUGGACGAUUUGUUGGACAUGCUGCUGGAACAGGAGGGACGCUGUGCCUACUCUGGAGUUGCGCUGGAGCUUAUGCGGCCUUGCACGCAUUGGCGCAUGUCGCUGGAAAGGCGAGAUAAUUCGGAGGGAUAUGUGCGAGACAAUUGCGUGUUCGUUGCAGGUGAGUUCAAUUCGUCUGACUUCAGCAGGUGCAGGGGUGUGCGAGAACAGGAUGUAAGUGGCACUGCACAGUGGUCCGCACACAAAGUUGCUUCGGUGAGCAACCUCGGGGGUUUCAGAGUGGAUGCUCAACGACUUCAUGCAGAUGUGAGUCUUGCUCUGGAGUGCCCUCGCCUGUCCUGUGCUCAAGGACGGCAGGAGUAUACCCGUGCAUACAACAGAACGCUGAGGGGCCGGGCCAAGAUACUGGUAAGCAGUGCGAGUAAGAGAUGUGCACAAGUCGGGCAUGUGUGUGAGAUGGGAUAUGGUGACAUCCUGCAGAUGCUGCUGGCGCAGGGUGGGCGAUGCUUCUACUCAGGGGUGCCCCUGCGAUACGAUCAGCCUCAUGUCGAUUGGCAGAUGUCACUGGAGCGUUUGGAUAACAGCCUGGAAUACACGAAAGAGAACUGUGUUCUCAUAGCGGCGGAGUUUAACACGCCUGACCAGAGCAAACAUGCCGUAAGAGAGGUUCGGGGAUCUUCCCAGUGGUCACGUGCGAAGGUCAUGCAUGUUUGGGGACAUGCUCGGUGCCUUUGA